AUGUCCACCGUGGAUGGAUCGAGCGGCGAGCCGGCGGGUGAAGACUUUCUGCGGAGGCACGCGCGGAAGAUUGCGGCGCCGCUCAAGGGGCAGUGGGGGCGUCUGAUUCCGAUGUCGAUGAUGUUUUAUUUCAUGGCGUUCGCGAACUCGAUCAUGGAUGCGGUGAAAGACACGCUGGUGGUGACGGCUUUCGGGGGGGCGGAGCAAAUUCCGUACCUCACCGUGUACGCCGUGCUGCCGAUGAGUCUGCUCUUCGUGUCGUUGUUCGGCAAGCUCAGCGAAAAGUUGGGGCGGGAAAAGUUGUUUUAUUUCGCCGUCGCCGUGUUCAUGGUAUUUUUUGCGCUCUUCACCGGGGUUCUGUACCCGAUGCGAGAGGUGCUGCACCCGUACGAGACGGCGGCGUACCUGUCCUCCGUUCUCCCGAGAGGUCUCUCUGGCGGCAUCGCCGUGUUCACGAACUGGACGUACUCCCUCUUCUACGUCGCCGGCGAGCUUUGGGGCGACGUCGUGUUGAGCUUGUUGUUUUGGGGCUUGGCGAACGAGAUCACUCGCGUGAGCGAGGCUGGGAUCAUCUAUCCUCUGCUCGGCAUCGGGGCAAACAUCGCGCAGGCGUGCUCGGGGAUGUUCAUGAAGUUCAUCACCACGUCCUGGCACCCCGCCGGUGUUUCCCCGGAAAAUAUGUGGCAAGAAAAGUUGAAGUUAUUUAUGUUCGUCGUCAUGUCGUGCGGAGGCGCCAUCAUGGCGUGCCACAAGUAUAUUUGCGACCGCGAACGCAAGGAUCCCAACUCGGCGAUGUCGGAGAAACUGCGCGAGCACGAGUCUAGGGAAAGGGUGAGAUUAGCGCAGGAGUCUGCGCCGGAAUCUUCGACCUCACCGAAGAAGAAGAAAUCCCAAGGCCUCGCCGCGUCGCUCUCGUACGUCUUCGAGUCGCCGGAAGUCGCGUGCUUGGCCGUCAUGGCGAUUGCUCAAGGCUUGAGCUCCAUCAUUUUCCAAGUCGCGUGGAAGACGCAGCUGCGCAUCUUACGUCCGGACCCGACGUCGUACGCGGCGUACAUGGGCGACGUACAAACGUACAGCGGAAUGGUCACCGGUAUCUUCAUGGUCGCCGCGCCCUUCCUGUUCAAGUACCUCGGCUGGAAGGGAACGCUCUCCGUGACGCCAAAGACGGUUAUUGCGCUCGGGUGGGUCUUCUUUGGCACGUCCAUCUACGCUCUCCGUCACGGUGCGCUCACGCAAUCGUCCCACUUGUUGCCGAUCCUCGUCUUUGGAGGCGCAGUGAUCUACAUCGUCGAGCGCGCGGCAAAGUUCUCGCUCUUCAAACCCGCAGAGGAAAUGGUGUACAUUACGCUGGACGAAGACAGUCGCACCAAGGGUAAAGCCGCGGUGGACGUCCUCGGCUCGCAAAUCGGUAAGACUGGUGGGUCGUUCAUGCAACAGGGCUUGAUCUUCACCUACGGCUCCAUCAUCGGCGCCCUUCCCGUGCUCGUGUGCUGUCACAGCGCCAUCGCGGUGUGUUGGCUCGUCGCCGUCAACGCGCUCGCCGCGAGACGCGCGCAACAGCUCGACUCUGAGAUCGCCGAGGGUACCGCCAUUCUGGAGGUUUAA